UUCCUCAUACUUCCUCAAUAUGGCGGGUGUAAAUGUUUAACGUUUGAUUGGUUGACUUCGGGGUUGACUUAUUUUUACCUGCGCGUUGUUAAUUUCAGUAUUUUGUAAUUAGUGAAUACAUAAUACUCGUAUAUGUAUGGAAGUUGUGAAUUAAAGGCUCGUUUCUUUUCCACGAAUUGUGCCAAGCAUUGAAGCUUGGUUCGUGAGUAGUUGGUUGCGGCGUGGAUUGCUUUGUAACGCGUCGGAUAAGACUGGUAAAAUCUGUCAUGGAUGCCAGUUUUCUGUAAAAGCUUGCAUUAUCUAGAUAUAUUCUUGAGUUGAAAAAAAUACUUGCUAUUUACAAUGGCAGACGAUUAUUCUGUUGUGCAUUAAAGUUAAGUGUAAGUUUUUAAUCAAAGACAGUUGUGAAUAAUUCAAUGGAAAUUCGGUGAAUGUGUGACAACAAGUGCUUAUUACUUUUUUUGUAGUUAAUAUAUUUUAUGUGUGCAAUUAGAACAAGUACCGGUUAUUUAUUAAAAAUGCUAUAAUUGAUGUUAUAGCAUCAAUAAUCCAGUGAGCAAAACGCAACCUACGAUAAUUGUAGUUACUGCCGCAGCUGUGCUGCCUCUGUCGCUUGAUCGUUUUGUCCUACUAUGCAGGCCGACGCUCCAAGAAAAUUAAAAUUUCUUACUUAGCUUUUGUAACAUUUUUUCUUUUUCAAAUUUUCAUUCAGUAAGUGUCGGAAGUGGAGAAAUCUUUGGAAUUUUUCCACUAUGUUUACAAGCACUUAAAAAUUAGUUCAAAAAGCUGAGUUGGUUAACUUUAGUUAUUUUGCAUUUCAAAACGAAAGAAAACAAAAAAAAAAUUUUUUGUUUCUUUUCAAGCGAGAAUCGAUGGACAAUUUUAAUGGAAAGACCUGAUUUACAAAGUUGAUGUAAAACACAACAACCAAAUACUGCUUUAAUGGACAUCAUUGGAUGUACAGCGGAUUGAGCAAUCCUUAAGUAUUCCAUGUUUACACAAACACAACAAUCCAACAGCUUUACUCAAACGGAACGAAGUAAUUCGAAUUACAAUAACCACCGACAGCUAAUACAACAUUCAACAAUGUUUGAUCCACAACAAAUUCAGCAGCAACAAUCUGCUCAGGGUCAACCAUCACAACAACAGGCUCAGCAAAUGUAUGUUACUGAGAAAAAAGAAGACAAGUCACAACAGCAAUCGACUACGGCAGAAUUUCCUUUUUAUUACAACGUUAAUAUGCUUCAAAAAGUUCAAUCAAAUACUGUGAGCACAAUUGGACAAAUUACAACUGAUGACAAAGGAUGCUAUCGUUUUGACGUGCAACCUGUUGGGUACAAUACAUUGUUGAACCAAAUGAGCAUAGCAGCUGCAACUAAUUCAACCUUCAAAUGUGACAUUUGUGGUUUGGUUUUUGGUCACAUGACACUGCUUAAUCAUCAUAAACGAAUUCAUAAUACAACUCCCAGUAAUUUACAGCAGCAACCUCAACAAGUUAUAGUGCAAACACCCACAACUGUCACUGUUUCCACAACACCUGAAAGACCUUAUACUUGUGACGUUUGUGGUGCUUGUUUUAUUUUACCAGGUGAAUUGAAAAGUCACAAAACAAAUACACAUCAAAAGCCGAAGGUGCAAAUAUGUGAAGAUUGUGGAAGUGAAGAUGCUUGUGAGCAUCAUCCUACUAAAGUGAAAAAAACAAUCAAACCAGGACAUCAUCCAGUUAAACGAAGGGGAGUUACGAGUGUCACAAAAUGUCAUAAAUGCAAUGGAACUGGAAUAAUUUUCAUUGGAGGUAAGCAGAAUAGUCAAAACCAACCGGAGAAGCCGUUUCAUUGUAACGUUUGUGAUGGAACUUUUUCAAGAUAUUCUUCUCUUUGGUCUCAUAAACGACUUCAUUCAGGAGAUAAACCGUUUAAAUGUGAAGUUUGUGGUUUAGCUUUUGCAAAAGCGGCUUACUUAAAAAACCACGGUAGAGUUCAUACUGGAGAAAAACCAUUCAAAUGUGGUGUCUGUGGUAUGCAAUUUUCUCAAAGUCCACAUUUGAAAAAUCACGAAAGAAUACAUUCUGGAGAACGACCAUACCAAUGUGAAGUAUGCGAAAAAACAUUUGCAAGACAUUCAACAUUGUGGAAUCAUCGUAGAAUUCAUACUGGAGAAAAGCCAUAUCGAUGUAAUAUUUGUGGUUCUGCUUUUAAUCAAGCGACACACUUAAAAAAUCAUGCAAAGGUUCAUACUGGAGAGAAACCACAUAGGUGUGAUAUUUGCGAAAUAGGAUUUUCUGAUCGCUUUGCACUUAAACGGCAUCGAGCGAUUCAUGAAAAAUAUGGCCAAACAGCACGUAAUCAAAAUGCCAACAGCAGUAGUAAUGCUCCACAAGCAAAUACGAGUAAUCAACAGCAACAAGCUCAACAAACACAAGGGCAACAAGUAGUUGUAGUUAAUGCUACAACGCCUGUCUCUGUGAGUCAAGGUCAAGGACAAACUGUUAUGCUUGACGAUGUCUACAAAUGUCAGGUGGCCUUUCCGGAGCCUAAGUGAUUUAAUUAAUAUUCGCCUAUGUAAAAUUGAUGGAUUUAUUAAAAAUUUUUAACCUUUUAUAUCCGAUAAUAAAAAUUUAUGGAGUUUACGGUUUUCCUAUCCAUGUUAAGAUGAUGUAGAACAAGUUAACCGAUUGAUGAACUCGGAUUUAGUGGAUAUUACUGCAAAAAAUGUGAUCGUGCACAUUGGUGAAAAUAGGUGAUAGUAGUUUACGAUUGGUGAUUUAAAGACAAAACAUUAUUUCUUUCGACAGAUAAUUAUGUACGACAAUGAAUAUUCAUGGAUUUGGUUUUAAGGACUGCAUCGCUUCCAACAUAUUGACCUGUAGUGACUUAAACUCCAAACUGCCAUCGAAAAUUGAUGGAAUAUUUUGUGAAUUCUUACCAAUGAAAUAACUAAUAAAUUACAAUUUUUCAUUGGA